UUAUGAAUCCCUUUAUUGACAACAAUGACUUCAGCUCAUUAAGCCAAAAGAAUGAUCUUGCUGAUCCUUGGCAUUGAUUUGGCCAAGACAGUGGAGCUAACAACUUAUUUGGAGAAAUGGAGCUAAAACUUGAAGACUUGGGGUUUUAUGACUCCCAGAAGCAGAAAUCCACUCCUUCUGGCAACAAGAACCCUGAGAUUACCAUUGAUUCUAAAGAUAUUGCCCUCAGCCCCCUUGGUGCACUUAUGAAGAAGAAAGGAGUUAGAUCCCUAACAAAAAGUCUGAAAGGAAGAAAAGACGUAAUCUUGAGGUCUCUGCUUAGGAAGAUAAGAAAAUUUCAUAGAGAUCUUUUGACCCUCAAGACUUCAUAUUCAAUGAAAAAGAGGUAUACUCAGCCUCAAAGAAAGGAGUUCCUUGUGACUUAUAUUGAAGAGGAGUUCGGACUAGAGCCGACUGAGAAACUUCUUAAUGUUUUUGACCAGUUCUUAUUUCUUCGUCCUGAAGAUGCCAGCCUCUACAAGGAGAUGCUGUAUAAAUUCAGCUGAAGUAGGCUCAAAAUUUUGCUAAAAGACCCAAGCUUCAACUGCUUAAUCUACCACUAUUUCUUUGAAGUUGAUCAGGUCACUCUGGACAGAGACACUAGACUCGGUCUUCAGAUCCUCAUGAAAAUAGGAGGAAUGUGUUAAUCCAAGACUGCUGAAACAUGCUUA